AGAUUCUUACUCUCUCUCUCUUUCUCUCUCUCUCUCUCUCUCUCGCUCUCUCUUUCUCUCUGUACUCUUCUGUUUCCGAUCCGAGUCAUGGCGAUUCGCAACUCGCUCUCCGGACAAUUCCUCCGUCGGAGCUCAGUCGCCGGAGCUAGGUUCAUGUCCUCGUGGUUCCGGAGCAUUGAGCCAGCUCCAAAGGACCCGAUCCUCGGAGUCACCGAAGCUUUCAUCGCAGAUCAGAGUCCGAACAAAGUCAAUGUCGGAGUCGGUGCGUAUCGUGAUGACAACGGAAAGCCUGUGGUUUUGGAAUGUGUUAGAGAAGCAGAGAGGAGGAUUGCAGGAAGCCAAUUCAUGGAGUAUCUUCCUAUGGGUGGAAGCAUAAAGAUGGUAGAAGAAUCACUGAAGCUGGCAUAUGGAGAGAACUCUGAGUUCAUCAAGGAUAAAAGAAUAGCUGCUGUGCAGGCUUUAUCUGGGACUGGUGCAUGUCGACUUUUUGCUGCAUUUCAACAGCGUUUUCAUCCUGACACCCAAAUCUAUAUACCAGUGCCUACCUGGGCAAACCACCAUAACAUUUGGAGAGAUGCCGGAGUGCCUAUGAAGACAUUCCGUUACUAUCACCCUGAGUCUAGAGGAUUGGAUUUUUCAGGAUUGAUGGAUGACAUAAAGAAUGCUCCAGAUGGUUCCUUCUUUCUGCUUCAUGCUUGUGCUCACAAUCCUACUGGAGUAGAUCCUUCUGAAGAACAGUGGAGAGAGAUCUCUUCCCUGAUCAAGGUUAAAGGUCAUUUCCCGUUGUUUGACAUGGCAUAUCAAGGUUUUGCUAGUGGCAAUCCAGAGAGAGAUGCAAAAGCCAUCAGGAUUUUUCUUGAGGAUGGUCAUUUAAUAGGACUUGCUCAGUCAUAUGCAAAAAAUAUGGGACUGUAUGGCCAGCGAGUAGGAUGCCUUAGCAUGCUUUGUGAAGAUGAGAAACAAGCUGUGGCUGUAAAAAGUCAGUUGCAGCUGAUUGCCAGACCCAUGUACAGUAACCCACCUCUUCAUGGAGCACUUAUAGUUUCAACAGUCCUUGGUGAUCCAGAGUUGAAAAAUUUAUGGCUUAAAGAAGUUAAGGUUAUGGCAGAUCGCAUCAUUGGAAUGCGGGCCACACUACGAGAGAACUUAGAGAAACGGGGGUCUCCUUUGCCAUGGCAGCACAUAACCAAUCAGAUUGGCAUGUUCUGCUACAGUGGGAUGACACCUGAACAAGUUGAUCGUUUGACAAACGAGUUUCAUAUAUACAUGACUCGUAACGGUCGUAUAAGUAUGGCUGGUCUUAAUACGGGCAACGUUGGAUAUGUGGCUGAUGCUAUCCACGAGGUUACAAAAUCAGCCUAAACUAUUCAAUCACCAAAGAGACCAAAUUUUUGUCCUAGGGACCUACAAAUACCUCAGAAGUUGUCUUGCUGAGGGGAGCACAAUAAUGUUUGAACACUUUUACCGUCAUGCACAUUUUCACCUUGUUUUAAUUGGGGUUAGAUAGUUAUACUCUUCGGGGGUUUUGGCAUUAUAUCCAUUUUUAUAGUCCUCUACCUUCAUAUUUUUAAAAAAUAAUUUGGAAGAAGAUUGAGUGAGAGGGUUUUAUUUAUGGUGAACAGCUAGUAAGGUUCAUUCUUAGUGCACUAAAAGGAUUAUUCUUGUCAGUGAACCUUUGUGAUUGUUGAUGCUAGAAGGGAUAUUGAAAAGCUAGAAUGUACGAUACCCUCUAUAAAGCUCAAUUGAGACUGAUGAAUGUGGCUAUAAUUUGCUGCGUUUGAAUAAGGUUCAAUUUGAUGCCUAUAUUUCUGCCUGUGUUGUUA